UUCCCUCUUGUUCAGACCUGACACAGCUGCUUUCACUCCACAGCAGGAAGGAUUCCCUCUUCAGUAGAAAGAUGGCGUACUCCACCGGAACAAUCGCAAAAGGCUGUUUUGGGAAGGUCUACAAGCAGAAGUACUUAGAUACCUGGGCUGCUAUAAAGAAAGUCCCGCAACACCUCAUCAGGCAGCACGACCUGGAGAGAGAGAGUGAAGUGUACAAGAAGGCAAAUCAUCCAAAUAUUGUGAAGCUACUGGGGAAAAUAAAUCUCAAAGACGGAAAAUGGAUUAUUCCUUUAGAGUUUAUCUUUGGAGAAGACCUGGAGACCACCAUCUUUAAAGCAUCACAGUCUAAAAUACAGUUGACUCCGUCUAUCAAAGGAACUAUCAUCACCGGCAUGUGUGAAGGGCUGUACCACCUUCACUCCAAAGAUAUUGUCCAUCAAGACCUCAAGCCUGAAAACAUCAUGGUGGAGCAUGACACAAACAGAGCAGUCAUCAUCGACCUGGGAUUGGCUAAGUUCUUCCGGUAUGGUCAAAACUCUGCCAUAGACAUGGGGAAUGAGGCGUACUCUGCCCCUGAGGUUCUGCAGAGGGGCAGUCAGAGGGACCAGCGCUCAGACGUGUGGGCCAUGGGUAAAAUCAUCGCCGAGCUCUGUGCCCGGGUCCGGCUGUACACGCCCAGCGUCUGUCCAGCUAAGAUCAACGAUAUCCUGAAGGAUCAGCCUUACUGCCAUGUUGUGUGUAGGAUGGUGGUUCCCGACCCUACUCUGAGAGCCUCCAUGGGUGGGGUCAUGAGUGAGAUAAAAAGGGUCGGAGGUCCAGGCAUUAACCCCGUUAAAAAAGAUGACCUUAAGCCAGCAACACCUCACAUCAGUGUCGAAAAACUGUCUCCAGUGAACAGAGACCUAUCGCCAAUGAACAGAGACCCAAACCCAAUGAACAGACACCAACAGCCAAUGAACAGAGGCCUAACCCCCAUGAAAAGACACCAACAGCCAAUGAACAGAGGCCUAUCACCAAUGGACAGAGACCGAACCCCCAUGAACAGAAAUCCAUUGCCAAUGAACAGAGACCUAUCGCCAAUGAAGAGAGACCCAAACCCAAUGAACAGACACCAACAGCCAAUGAACAGAGGCCUAUCACCAAUGAACAGAGACCCAACCCCCAUGAACAGAAAUCCAUUGCCAAUGAACAGAGACCUAAACCCAAUGAACAGACACCAACAGCCAAUGAACAGAGACCUAUCGCCAAUGAACAUACACCAACAGCAAAUGAACAGGGCUCAAACACAGUUUAACAGAGAUCCAACCAACAGGGAGAAAUCGCCACUGAAAUGGGAGCGCUCACCGAGACCAGAGAUCAAAGCUCCGCCUCCUCGAGCAGCAAUGCCCCUUCCUCCUUCCCCUUAUAGGACGGAGGACAAGAACAAAAACCAGGGUCUGGCCCCGACAGGCAGAACUGAGCGCACCGAAGACCUCAUGAAAGGGAAGUUUUUCCAAGGUGCUGCAGAUAACCUGCCCAGCAACCUGCCCACAACAGGAAGGGUGGUCAUGCAGCGCUUUGAGAUGAAAAACGGGGAGGUUGAAACAUGGGAGCAGAAGGAGGUGGUGACUGAGUGUGGAAAAAUAGUCAAGUUUGGUGAUCUCAAGUUUGAUAGCAAGUCUUAAAUUGGUGACUUCUGUGGCUAAACAUACAAGCUACAUACUUCAUUUCUGGAUCAAGACAGUCUCAGGUUAGGAAAAUGUGCAGUGUUAUUUGUUUGUUAAAAAACAAACUUGUUAAAUAAUGAAAUGAAUCUUGGUGGAUCAGUUUGGGUAAGGGCCAAGUUUUUGGCACUCCAACCAUAGCUUAAUUUGUAUGAAAAGCUCUUUUCACUUCAGCCCAAAGCCACUAAACUUGGAUUUGUAGAGUAACAUAUUUUUGGCCUAAAUUUCUUGGUUAAAAUUGUUAACUUUUAAACUCUUGAACACAAUAUGAAAAUGCCACCACAUUUGGACAACAGCAACCCAGCUAACUUGAUAGCAUAUCACUGGGUCGGGUGGUUCUAUGUUGGGGGGGGGGGGCAGUGCCCCCGUAACACUGACUUUGGGCCCCCCUGCGGCCCCCCUGAAAAUGAAAAGUUUAUUAUUAAACAAUUUCUUGGCUGACGGAAUAGGCGGAACUAACGUUAUUUGUCAGUC